CAUGCAUCUGCACUUUUGUCAGAUUUACUUGAUUUUUUUAGGUUUAUUUCAAAUUAUUUUUUUUAAUUACGCUUUAUCAUUUUUUCUGAUAUCUUUCAACAAGUCAUAUCAGUAUUAAAUACGAGCCCACACUAAAAGUCCAAACCAAGUAAUGUUCCUUGAUUAUACUCCUGGUCUUAAAGACCCUUUUAACCAGACUAAUACUGAUGGACCAAUAAAGUUAGUUCACAUACGUAACCACCAACGCAACGGACGUAAAAGCGUGACAACUGUCCAGGGCCUCGAGGAGAGCCUUGACUUAAAGAAAAUGGUGCGCGCACUCAAGAAAGAAUUCUCGUGUAACGGAACCGUGAUCAUGCACGAGGAACAUGGAAGCAUCAUUCAGCUCCAAGGCGACAAGAGGCAGGACGUUGUCAAGUUUCUCGAACGCGAAAAUCUCGUCACUCCAGAUCAAAUACGCAUCCACGGAGCUUAAAUUUAUACUGUAUUCUUAUUAUAUUAAUAUUCUCCCAUACCCUUA